UGAACAAGGCAAUUCUAGUAGCUCUGUUCAUCUUCGCCAUCCUCCUCAUCCUCUAUGUGAUCCUCUGGUACAUCUGUAGAGACGUGGAUUGCGACCACGGCAUCUGAUCUGAUUAACACCGGGAACACCACCGAAUAACCUAACGGUGGAGGGUGACCCUCGAACACCACCGAAUAACCUAACGGUGGAGAGAGACCCGUCUGACAGAGGGUCACCCUGGUAAGUCAGCACGUCUCCUCCGCUUCACGCUCCUGUGUGUGUGUGUGUGUGUGUGUGUGUGUGUGUGUGUGUGUGUGUGUGUGUGUGUGUGUGUGUGUGUGUGUGUGUGUGUGUGUGGCUCUGUAGUGUCAGAACAAGUGUUUUCUCUGACAGGAACAUGACAGAAACAGACACAGUCCCGCGCAUAACCUGUUUCCCGGUUGCGCCUCCAGGCUCCAGUCCGUUAUGAAAGGUAUUUUUAAAUCUUAUUUACCAGUUAUGUCUUGAGGCUAAAUAUCUCUUUGGAGAUAGAAACCUGGCAAAAAGGUCAGUUGGGAAUUCUACUUUUUUUGGCCAAUCACAAUACAAAACGAGGAGCAUAUAAAUGUGUCUUCAUUUUGGUUUAUUGGGUUCUUAUUCGCCUGUAAUGCCUCCAGAUAACAGUAACAGUAUCGCUGUGGGCUGGCCACAGAGCCUAAGGUGACACAAUGUCCCCCCGACAGGAAUGUUCUGUUAUCUUCUCCAGUUUGAGCGGAGCGGUAGCGGCUAGAAUACCAGAUUAGAGCACGAGGACAGGCAAAGACACUGCGCGGGAACCGGCGCCGUCCCAGUGGGCACGUUUGGGCUGUGGCAAUACCAAUGUAUCAUCGUUGCGUGUGUGUGUGUUCGCCCGUGCGUGAGUGCGUGCGUGGGUUGUGCAUAUGACAGGGUUUCCCAGACUCUGUCCUUGGGAUCCCAAGGGGGGCACGUUUUGUUUGUUUUUUGCCCUAGCACUACAAAGCUGAUAAAAAUAAUAAACUUAUCAUUAAGCUUUGAUAAUUUGAAUCAGCUGUGUAUAGUGUUAGGGAAAAAAACAGAACGUGCACCCCUUGGGGUCCCGAGGAUCGAGUUUGGGAAAAACUGGAUAUGAACUGCAUAGUCGUGUAUUAUCUGACAUUGGCAUUAUCAUCGAACAGUUCUACAUUUAGCAGACGCUCUUAUUCAGAGCAACGUAGUCGGCUCGGUGUUUAGAACCAGCGACCUUCGGUUACUGGCCCAACGCUUUUAAUCGCUAGGCUACCUGCCGCCUAACACGAUCAAACAAGAAUACUUUUUUUUAAAGGAUUAUUCUUCCCCCUAUAGAAUCCAAUUUCUUACCUGAGCUUUUCUUGUGUCAUGCAGCAAUCAUUUGAUGUUUGUCGCUAGUACUCUAUUCCCUGACGCUGGCAAACGCGUUCGUGACCUCUGCUGCUGCCCAAUAAAGAAUAUCUAAAGACUACUGUCUUUCAGUGUGGGAUUAAUCUCUUCUAUCAUAUGCCUUUACAACCCUGCACCCUAAUACAUUUAUUACAAUAAUAGCGAUGAGCAUGCCAUUUAUUCUUCUAAUCAUCACAGCCAUGCCGAGUCAAUGUUGCUUUUUACGCAGGUCUUAGACUUCAGCUGACAUUUGGCGCUUUGCGUGAUUGUAUUCAAUAUAUAAUGCACCUUCAGGCAUGUCGGCCACUUGGCAGUGUGUGUGUGUCUGAGUGCGUGUGUCUGAGUGCAUGUGUGUGUGCAUUGUACUUGUCCAUUCACUUAAAUAAUAGGCCUACUUAAAGAAAGGAUAAAUAGAUCAACAGCCAGACAGUGUUCUGAUCAAGCUGAACCUGUAUAAACUGACUGACAGAAUAAUGGCUUCUAUCCUGCCUGGAAGAAACAGAUAAACCAUCCACAUACCAACAUGAGGGGCUGAAGGACACAUCAAGGACACAAUGUAUAGCCGCCCUUCUCUCUGUGUGUGUGUGUGUGUGUAAGAUAGUGUAUUUCUAGGUUGAGGGUCAGUGAAGCGGUUCAUCCUUGUGUGUGUGGAGAUCACAUGGACCGAGACUAAGUGUGCUUGUCACACAGGAAGAUGACAGUAUAGGGAACAAAUAUCUUUAGAUUACUAACACUACAACUAGGUUAUGGUAUGUGAGACAGUCUGUGAAAAAUGAAAUAUUUUUACACAAAAAAAAAACAGUUCAUCAAGACAACAUGGAACAGGCUCCUUUCUUCUAAACAGACGAGCUUACACAUAGACAGCGUUCUGACUGGGCUUCGAGUGAUUGAUGUUGGGUGUUUAAAAAAUGCUUCUCUGGGAGUCAGGCCAGUCAACCUUUCAUGGUCAACUAUAGAAGGGAUGUGUGUGUUUGGGUCCUCUGUAGCUCAAUUGGUAGAGCCUGGUGCUUGUAACGCCAGGGUAGUGGGUUCGAUCCCCGCGACCACCCAUAUGUAAAAAAAAAAAAUUAUGCACACAUGACUGUAAGUCGCUUUGGAUAAAAUCGUCUGCUAAAUGGCAUAUUAUAUCAUAGACUGUCUAGACACACACACACACACAAACUGUCUGUGUCAUCACACUCGUACUCAGACGUUAUUAUUAUCAAACACUCAGUGGUAAAGCCAUGAGUAUGUUUUCAGAUGUCAGUAUAAAGUGGCCCCCCACGGUUUCCUCUUUGUCUGUGCUAUGAGCUCAAGGUCACUGUGAUGUGAUUUGUCAUUAUCCUCUCAUUCCCUCCCAGUCUCUCCUUCCCUCCCAGUCUCUCCUUCCCUCCCACUCUCUCCUUCUGUCUCUCCAUCUCCUUAUUUACUCCCUUAAAAUCAAAUGUAUUUGUCACAUGCUUCGUAAACAACAGUUACGGGCCCUUCCCAACAAUGCAAAGAGAACAUUUUUGAAAUAAUAGAAAAAUAAUAACACAAGGAAUAAAUUCACAACUGAGCUCGCUCGGUGUGUCUCUCUCCUCUCUCUCUGCCUCUAGGGCUUUACAGACGGUACCUCCUUAUCCCUCUCUUUAACCCAGGUUAAAACUGUCCCAGGGCUAGCUUACCCUCCUGACACACAGGCAUUUGUUAACCCAAGGAUUAACAUUAAACCAGGGUUAAAAGUCAGCUCAAACGUGUUCCCUGAAGCCCACAUUUUUUUCAUGUUUUAUUAUAAAGACAGUAGAAACAGCCAGGUAAUCGAAAGAGAAGGUUGUGUGUGGAAAUAGCGGUGGGACGGGGAUUCAAUCCCACACUCGAUUAUAUUGACAUACAUACACCAAAGGCAUUGGAAGUAACCACUAGACCAAACCCCAGGGCCACACUGGCUGUUUUGGGUGAUUUCCGGGGUAAAUAUCAAAAAGUCGGUACUACUAACCCUACUCUGGAGCAGGUCCAGCUAACCCCUGGGCUAAGGUUGGGGUUAUUCCACUUUCAAACCUCCAUUAGCCCUGGGCUUCGAGGCUCCCUUAGCCAUUGGAAGUUCUUAGUCCUGGGCUAAGCUGAAUGUGUUCUCUGUGUUGGUUAGCACACACACCCUCGAGUCCUGUCAUGCUCCAUGUCCACUGCACUUAUCUUCAAGUUAUGCAACAUGUAGCACACACUCACUCACUCACUCAUUCACUCACACACUCUCUUUCUCUCUCUCUUUGUCAAUGUAUGUAAAUUGUAAAGUAUUUUGUCUGUAAUGUAUUUUUCGUUAUGUGUCGGACCCCAGUAAGGCUAGCUGUCACCAUUGGCGUCGGCUAAUGGGGAUCCUAGUAAAUAAAAUAAAAUACACAUAAACACACACACAUGUUAAGUCUGUGUUUUUCAUGUGAGUAAACAUGGCCUCCAGAUAUAAAUGGCGUGUGGUUCAGUGUUGGGAUGGGGUCACUCGCUGGAGUGAGGGAUUCGGCUGUCUGCCUGUCAUUAUAAAGAGACCGGAGAAGUGCACGCAAACACAGCCUUCAGUUAAUGGGGUUUCUGGGUUGUAUUUUACCUACUCUCAGGCUGUACCUGAUCGGGUUGAGAGUUUUACUGAAUCAAAUGUUCUGCCAUCAUUUCACGUUGCCAGGUUAGUGUAAUAUAGCUAGGCUAAUUAACCAGUUUCUCUAUACGAGUAUGAUGAUCUGUAUGUGAUGAUAGAGCUGCUGUUCAUGCCAGCUAGAAUAUAAAAUGGCUUUGCCAAAGAUUGUUUUGCUGGUCAUUUUAGCUGUUUUAACACAAAGCAGGAGCUUAACAGACCGUCUCCGCUGCCCACAUUUCCUCUCAGCUCCUCCAUAAAUAGUGGGUUCUGUAGCAAUAUUGAUGUUACUCAUAUUGAUGUUACACAGGAAACGGAAACCAAUAAUUAUUUACCGUCUUCAUGUACUUGAGGUGCUGGUUAACAACAUGCAUAGUAAAGUUUGCUUAACUAUAUAUCUUUGUCUGUCGUGACUACAACACAAAGCCUAUUGAAACAUGGUGGCAGCGGUACUCAAAAGAACUUGGAUCUCAUUGAUGUAAAUGAAGAAUACAUCCCAGGCGGCAGUUUGGAAAAGUGCUGCGUUUACAAGCUAGUCAUCACGUCGAACGUCAACGCCAGCUGGCUAUCAUGAGUGAUUCUAUGCUAAAAGCUAACCGGCUAUUGGACACAAGCAAAUUCGUGAGUAGCUAACAUUCCAUUCUACAAAUAAAUUACCAUGGAAAAUGCACUGAAACCUCAGGGAAAAAUAGACUUUGAUGAUUGCAAUUUAGCACUUACCUGGAAAAGAUGGAAAGAGGAAUUCAAUUUCCACAUGGCUCUUACAAUGGGAGAAAAACCUGAUGACUACAAAGUGAAGCUAUUGUAUUAUCUCAUUGGCGAAAAAGGCAGAGAGAUUUGUGAGACCAUCUGUGUGGGCAGUACAAAAUACAAUCUCUUUGUUGAGGAAGUAAUUGCAGCACUGGAUGCAUUUUGUGAUCCCAAGAAAAAUGAAAACAAUUGAGAGAUAUAAUUUUUUCAUGCGCAGUCAGGGCCAAGAUGAAAGUUAAUACAAAUAUCUCACUGAAUUGAGUAUCCUAGUGGCCACCUGCAACUUUGGAGUAAUCACAGACUCUCUUAUCAGGGACAGGAUUGUGUGUGGCAGGUGUGACCCACACUUAAGAGAGUGCUUACUCAGAGAGACUGAUCUCAGUUUAGAGAAAUGUGUACAGAUUGGAAGAGCUGCAGAACUGUCCAGACAGAGAGCUAAAGUCAUACAUGUGCAGGGCCCUGUAGCAGUGCAUGCAGUAACACAGAAAGAGAGACCGAGAGGAAGAGGAGACCCUACAGAGGGACAGAGCAUUAUACAAUGCAGAUACUGUGCACAGACACAUGAGAAAAAAUGAAAAAUCCCCUUCAUAUGUACAAAAAUGUAAAUCCUGUGAGAAAAAAACAAUCCCUUCUCUACGGUUUGCAAAAGUGCAGGGACCAGCAAGAGAAACAGAGUCCUGGCAAUGGAAAAUGUGUCAGCUGACUCAGAAAGCGGUGAGGAUGUUCUCUGCAUCACACUAGGGCCAAAGUCAGAGAGCAUCAACGUGGUACAAGAGAAAACCACAGACCCCAAUGCAGCUCUCUUUGCAACCAUGCUGGUCAACAAAAAGUCAGUCAAAUUUCAGCUAGAUUGUGGUGCUAGUUGUAAUGUUAUCCCUGCAAACCUCAUAAAAGCCAGUCACCUAGAGCCCUGCAGUCAGGUAUUGGUGAUGUAUAACAAGAGUACUCUGACGCCACAGGGGAAGUGCACACUUAAAGUGAUCAAUCCACGCAAUAAGAAAACCUACAGAGUUGAGUUCAUCGUAGUCAACAAGUAUCUGCACAGGCCCAUUCUAGUCAGUAAGGCUAUCCAGGCAAUGGAGUUGAUUACUGUGCAGCAUCACAACAUCCUGGCCAUCGAGAAAGCAACAGGAUCCUGGACUAAAGAGCAAAUAAAACAGGAGCACGCUGAUGUAUUCCAGGGAGACGGAUGCUUACCCGGCAAACUGAAGCUAGAAGUGGAUGAGUGAGUGGAGCGUGUCCAGCUGCCAAAGAGAAGAAUGCCAGUAGCACUAUGUAAACCACUCGUAGGAGGAGCUCGGUGGUCUAGAGAAACCUGAAUAAAAUGUUCAAAACCCAUCACAGAUUGGAUUAACAGCCUGAUCGUAGUGCAGAAACCGUCUGGAAAAUUACAAGUGUGUAUUGAUCCAAAACCUCUCAACAAGGCGCUCAAGAGGAGCCAUUAACCACUUCCCACUAUUGAAGAUGUGCUGCCAGACCUGAACAGAGAAUGCGUGUUCUCUGUUUGUGAUGUAAAAAAUGGAUUUUAGCAUGUGGAACUGGAGGAGGAAUCCAGCUAUCUCACCACGUUCUCUACUCCAAUGGGACGCUACAGGUGGAUGCGCAUGCCAAUGGGAAUCAGUCCAGCCCCAGAGAUCUUUCAGAGGAAGUUGAACCAGGCAAUGGAAGGUCUUCCAGGAUGACAUCCUGAUUGUGGGAGAAGGAGACAACGAUGAAGCAGCGACUAUGGACCAUGACAAGAACCUGAGAAUGCUCCUGGACAGAUGCAGGAAGCUCAAUAUCAAGCUGAAUCUGGAGAAGCUGCAGCUCAGGCUGAAGGAAGUGCCCUACAUUGGCCACCUGCUAACAUCAGAGGGGUUGAAAGUGGAUUCAGGAAAAGUGACAGCCAUCAGACAGAUGCCUAGGCCUACAGAUGUGCAGGGGGUGCAGCGCUUCCUGGGCAUGGUAAACUACCUAUCCAAGUUCUGGAGCCACGCCACAGAGUUCUGCGAGCCACUGCGACAGCUAACACAUAAGGACUCACUUUUGGAGUGGUCAGAGAGACAUGAGCUGGCUUUCAAGAAAAUCAGGGAUACCAUUGCACAGACCUCUGUGCUGAAAUUGUCACGGAUUCAGCCGAGGCUGCUCCUCCUCCUUGCUUGGGCAGGCUUCGGCGUUCGUCGUCCCCGGAGUACUAACUGCUGCCGAUCGAUGUUUCGGUGUUUGUCUUGUUUGGUCUUUAUUGUUUACACCUGUUUCCCAUUAUGUUGGAUUGUAUUCCCUAUAUUAACCCCUGUCUCUCAUUAGUUAUUUUGUGUGUUAUUGUUUGUUGUCAUUCCGGCAGUUCUUGUAUGUACGGGUCUUUUCCUCCCUGUUUGGAGGUCCUGUGUUCAGUAAAAUACGUUGCCAGCCGCUCUGUGUCCUGCUUUUGACUUCGCUAACCGCAUACACGUCGCGUGACAGAAUAACACACCUAGACAUGGAGUCAGCAGGAGCGGCGGUGCCAGCUGGAUCACUGGAGGAGCGCAUUAAACAAUAAGCGGCCAUGAUCCAGGCUCUCGGCACCGCCAUGGAAGGGGUGAUGAACACCUUGGGGCGAUGGGAAAGAGGAGGUUUGUCCACACCUCCUCCGACAAUACCACCACCAUCAGCUAUACCCAUCGUUUCACCUCCGGAGUCCAGUGGUAUUCGGCUCUCGCUCCCGAGGGCUUAUGAUGGCACCGCUGCCGGGUGUCAGGGUUUCCUGCUCCAAGUGGAACUCUACCUGGCAACCAUCCACCCGGUGCCCUCGGGAUACGAGAGCGUGUCUGCCCUCAUCUCCUGUCUGUCCGGCAAGGCACUGGAGUGGGCAAACGCCGAGUGGGGGGGAAUAGACGCCGCUACAGUCAACUAUGCAGAGUUCACCCGCCGCUUCAGGGCGGUGUUCGAUCAUCCCCCAGAGGGGAAGGUGGCGGGUGAGCGUCUGUUCCACCUCAGACAGGGGAAGAGGAGCGCGCAGGAGUUCGCACUGGACUUCCGGACUCUGGCUGCCAAUGCGGGAUGGAAUGAGAGGCCCCUCAUCGACCACUACAGGUACAGCCUGAGGGAGGACGUUCGUCGGGAGUUGGCCUGCAGGGACACCAAACUAAGCUUCGAUCAGCUGGUGGACAUGUCGAUUCGCCUAGAUACCCUGUUGGCUACCCGCGGCGUCCGGAGUCGGGGCCGUCCAUUCCAUCCUCCAGCACUUCCGAGCCGAGCCCUAUGGAGCUCGGGGGUGCUGGUGCUAGGGAGACGAGGAGAGAGACCAGGAGAGAGGCCGUCCCCUGCACCAACUGUGGCCGCAGAGGACACACUGCGGUUCGGUGCUGGGGAGGGUCUCCUAGGAAUCGAGGCAGUAGGCAGCGCACUGAUGAGUCAUUCCAGGGGAGUAAGCACCCAACUCACCCAGAGCUCUCUGUUGUACAUAUGUGUAUUAAAGUUGUGUUUCCCUAGGUUUCUUCUCACUCCCAGCAUAAGGCGCUAGUAGAUUCAGGCGCACCUGGGAAUUUUAUCGAUCGCCGGUUCACGUAUAAGUUAGGGAUUCCUAUUGUACCAGUUGAUGUGCCCUUCCCCAUCCAUGCCCUAGAUAGCCGCCAUUUGGGGUCGGGAUUGAUUAGGGAGGUCACAGCGCCACUUAAGAUGAAGACGCAGGAGGGCCAUGAGGAGAGAUUUGAUUGACUCUCCUGCGUUUCCCGUGGUGUUGGGACUUCCCUGGUUAACAUCUCAUGACCCCAACAUUUCAUGGCAACAGAGGGCUCUCAAGGGAUGGUCUGAUCAGUGUGUCGGGCGGUGUGUAGGUGUUUCCGUAGGGGCAACGACGGUGGAAAGUCCGAAUCAAAUUCCCACCAUGCACAUUCCUCCUGAGUAUGCCGAUUUGGCACUCGCCUUCUGUAAAAAGAAGGCGACUCAAUUACCACCUCAUCGACAGGGGGAUUGUGCGAUAGACCUCCAGAUAGGCGCUGCGCUUCCUCGUAGUCAUGUGUAUCCUCUGUCUCAGGAGGAGACGGCAGCUAUGGAGACAUACGUCACCGAAUCUCUGAGACAGGGAUACAUACGGCCGUCCACUUCCCCUGCGUCCUCAAGUUUCUUUUUUGUGAAGAAGAAGGAUGGGGGUUUACGCCCGUGUAUUGAUUACCGUGGUCUCAAUCAGAUUACAAUCAAAUACAGCUAUCCUCUCCCUCUGAUUGCUAGUAUGACGGAGUCAUUACACGGGGCGCGAUUCUUCACAAAAUUGGAUCUCAGGAGCGCGUACAACCUGGUGCGCAUUAGGGAGGGAGAUGAGUGGAAGACAGCAUUCAGUACCACCUCGGGUCACUAUGAGUACCUCGUCAUGCCAUACGGUUUAAUGAAUGCUCCUUCAGUCUUCCAAUCAUUUGUGGACGAGAUUUUCCGGGAUUUGCAUGGACAGGGUGUAGUGGUGUAUAUUGAUGACAUUCUAAUAUACUCCGCUACACGAGCCGAGCAUGUGUCCCUGGUGCGUCGGGUGCUGGGUAGACUGUUGGAGAAUGACCUGUAUGUGAAGGCGGAGAAAUGUCUGUUCUUCCAGGAGUCCAUCUCCUUCCUGGGACAUCGGUUGUCCGCGUCAGGGUUGGAGAUGGAGAUUGACCGCGUUUCAGCCGUGCGUAAUUGGCAGACUCCCACCACGGUGAAGGAGGUGCAGCGGUUUUUGGGUUUUGCCAAUUACUACCGGAGGUUUAUCCGGGGUUUUGGACAGGUAGCAGCUCCCAUCACCUCCCUGCUAAGGGGGGGGCCCGGUGCGUUUGCAGUGGUCGGCUGAGGCGGACAGGGCGUUUAGACAUCUGAAGGACCUGUUCACCUCGGCUCCGGUGCUGGCACAUCCGGAUCCCUCUUUGGCGUUCCAAGUUGAGGUGGAUGCGUCCGAGGCGGGGAUCGGUGCUAUACUGUCUCAGCGCUCGGGCACGCCUCCAAAACUCCACCCCUGUGCUUUCUAUUCCAAGAAUCUCAGUCCGGCGGAACGCAAUUAUGACGUGGGGGACAGGGAGCUGCUAGCGGUGGUCCAAGCCCUGAAGGUGUGGAGGCAUUGGCUUGAGGAGGCUAAACACCCUUUUCUCAUUCUGACUGACCAUCGUAACCUGGAGUACAUCCGGGCAGCGAGGAGACUGAACCCUCGUCAGGCUAGGUGGGCCAUGUUUCUUACCCGGUUUGUAUUUAAGCUCACUUAUAGACCAGGGUCACAGAACGCUAAGGCAGACGCCCUGUCCCGACGAUAUGACACAGAGGAGAGGUCCAUUGAGCCCACUCCCAUACUUCCGGAGUCUUGUCUGGUGGCAUCGGUGGUGUGGGAGGUCGAUGCGGAAAUCGAGCGGGCGUUACGUACCGACCCUACUCCCCCAGAGUGUCCAGAGGGACGGAGAUACGUGCCGCUCGAGGUCCGUGAUCGACUGAUAUAUUGGGCUCACACGUCACCCUCCUCUGGUCAUGCUGGUAUUGGUCGGACAGUGCACUGCCUUAGCGGGAAGUACUGGUGGCCCACCUUAGCUAGGGACGUGAGGGUUUACGUUUCUUCCUGCUCGGUGUGCGCCCAGUGUAAGGCGCCUAGACACCUGCCCAGAGGGAAGUUACAACCUCUACCCGUUCCACAACGGCCGUGGUCUCACCUAUCGGUGGAUUUUGUCACGGACCUUCCCCCCUCCCAGGGGAAUACCACGAUCUUCGUCGUUGUGGAUCAGUUUUCUAAGGCCUGCCGUCUCAUUCCUAUGCCAGGUCUUCCUACAGCCCUACAAACAGCCAACACCCUGUUUACUCACGUCUUCCGGCACUACGGGGUGCCUGAGGAUAUAUUGUCUGAUCGGGGUCCCCAGUUCACCUCUAGAGUCUGGAGGGCGUUUAUGGAACAUUUGGGGGUCUCGAUUAGCCUUACCUCGGGUUUUCACCCUGAGAGUAAUGGGCAGGUGGAGAGAGUAAACCAGGAUGUGGGUAGGUUUCUGAGGUCCUAUUGCCAGGACCGGCAGGAGGAGUGGUCGGGGUAUAUCCCCUGGGCAGAGAUAGCCCAAAACUCACUCUGCCACUCCUCCCCUAAUCUUACACCUUUUCAGUGUGUGCUGGGUUAUCAGCCGGUCCUGGCACCCUGGCAUCAGAGCCAGAUCGAAGCCCCUGCAAUGGAUGAGUGGUUUCGGCGCUCGGAGGAAACAUGGAACGCUGUGCAUGUCCAUCUGCAGCGGGCUAUCAGACGGCAAAAUGCAAGCGCCGAUCGCCACCGCAGUGAGGCUCCGGUUUAUGCACCGGGAGAUCGGGUUUGGCUCUCGACCCGAAACCUGCCCCUUCGCCUGCCCUGCCGGAAGCUGGGUCGGCGGUUUGUGGGGCCAUUUAAAGUCCUGAGGAGAUUGAACGAGGUAUGUUAUAGGUUACAACUGCCCAUUAAUUACCACAUUAACCCCUCGUUCCAUGUGUCUCUCCUCAGGCCGGUGGUAGCUGGUCCACUCCAGGAGAAUGAGAUACGAGAGGCUCCUCCGCCCCCACUAGACAUCGAGGGGGCUCCGGCGUACUCAGUCCGUUCCAUCGUGGAUUCGAGGCGUCGGAUGGGGGGUCUGCAGUAUCGCGUGGAGUGGGAGGGAUACGGUCCAGAGGAACGGUGCUGGGUCCCUAGGAGGGACAUCCUAGAUCCCUCCCUGUUGAGGGAUUUCCACCGGAGUCAUCCGACUCGCCCUGCUCCGCGUCCUCCUGGCUGUCCCCGAGGCCGGGGUCGGUGCACGGCUGGGGCCGCGCGUCAAGGGGGGGGGGGGGGGGGGGGGGGGGUACUGUCACGGAUUCAGCCGAGGCUGCUCCUCCUCCUUGCUCGGGCAGGCUUCGGCAUUCGUCGUCCCCGGAGUACUAGCUGCUGCCGAUCUAUGUUUCGGUGUUUGUCUUGUUUGGUCUUUAUUGUUUACACCUGUUUCCCAUUAUGUUGGAUUGUAUUCCCUAUAUUAACCUCUGUCUCUCAUUAGUUAUUUUGUGUGUUAUUGUUUGUUGUCAUUCCGGCAGUUCUUGUAUGUACGGGUCUUUUCCUCCCUGUUUGGAGGUUUGUUGUUUUGUACGUUGAUUUUACUGUGUUCAGUAAAAUACGUUGCCAGCCGCUCUGUGUCCUGCUUUUGACUUCGCUAACCGCAUACACGUCGUGUGACAGAAAUACUACAACCCAACAGAGCAGCUUGUACUACAAUGUGAUGCUUCAGAAAGUGGGUUAGGAGCAGCCUUGAUGCAGGGAGGACAACCAGUAGCAUACGCCAGCAGAGCCCUGACACAGACUGCAAAAGGGUAUGCAUAGCUAGAGAAGGAGCUGCUUGCAGUGGUGUUUGGCAUGGAAAGGUUCCACCAAUUCACAUAUGGACGAACUGUCGAAGUGCAGUCGGAUCACAAGCCUCUAGAGAGCAUCAUCACAAAGCCUCUCCUCAGCGCACCAAAAGACUACAACGCAUGAUCAUGAGACUUCAAAACUACAAGGUCAGUCUCUGAUACGUUCCUGGAAGACGUGAUGCUGGCCGACACCCUGAGCGACCUGUGGAGGUCGAAGUGGAAUCAAUCAACAUGAUACACUAUCUGCCUGUGUCAAGCGAGAGACUAAAGACCAUCCAGAAAGCCACUGAUCUGGACCGGGAGCUCCAGACACUGAAAACAUGGAUCCUGCAGGGGUGGCCUGAAGUGAAAGAAAUUGUACCCUUGGAAGAAGCCAUGUAUUUUCACAACAGAGAUGAGCUGAGUGUGAAAAAUUAAAUUAUCUUCAGAGGUGAGCAAGUCGUUGUGCCUGCUGCCCUCAGGUCAGAGACAAUGCAGAGAAUCCAUUCCUCACACAUAGAAAUCGAGGGAUGUCUGAGAAGAGCUCACCAGUGUGUCUACUGGCUGGGCAUGAAUUCACAGCUGAGAACAUACAUGGAACAAUGUAGCACCUGCACUGCAUGGGGUGUGAAGCAGCAGAAAGACACACUGAGGCCACACAAAGCACCAAAGCGUCCCUGGCAAAAAAAUAGGGACUGACCUGUUCCAGUUCAACAACAGAUACUACAUGGUCACAGUUGAUAAUCUCUCACAUUUCUGGGAAAUUGACCAUUUGGAGAACACACAGUCUAAAUGGUAAUUUGAAAACUGAAGACACACUUUGCACGCUAUGGGAUACCUGACAUCCUUUACUCAGACAAUGGCCCCCAGUACUCUUCAGAUGAGUUCCGAAGUUUCAGCAAGGCUUGGAACUUUAAACACAAAAAAGUCUCCAGGAUACCCGCAAAGUAAUGAGAAAGUGGAAUCGGCAGUGAAAACAGUCAAAAGACUAAUGGCAAAAGCGAAGAGAGCAGGUGCUGACCCAUACCUGGCCAAGCUGGAUCACAGAAAUACCCCGUCACAAGGAAUAGACAGCAGCCCUGCAAUGGCGCUCAUGGGAAGACGUACAAAGACACUACUGCUAAAGAAUGAAAAUCUGCUGAGACCGGUGAUGACAAACUAUCAGCAGGAGAAGUUCAAAGAAAGACAGCAGAGACAGGCAAAGUACUACGACACCUCUGCUAAGGAUCUAACAGUGCUGCAACAAGAUGACAGGGUGUUCAGCCACUCACAGGACAGAAACAGUUGUGGCAGAGGGCCACAGUAGUCAGGCCUUCUAAAGCAAAGGUCCUAUGAGGUGAAGACAGAACAGGGACAAGUCUUCAGUAGGAACAGGCGAAACCUGAGGAAGAGCAGAGAAAUAGAGGAGGAUUUCCCCACUGUUGAGGAGCCUGGCACAGAGCCAGUAAACAGAGCACCAGCUGACACCCAGCAGGGUGUGGAACACAACCUAGAGGUGGACGCUGCACCUCAACAAGAAGAUCCAAACAUCUCAGGUCAAGCACCUCCUGAUGUAAUCAACACUCCCCACACAAGGUCUGGUAGGGCCAUCCGAAGACCUAUACAUCUGAAAUACUUUGUGUGAAUGUAAAUUUAUAAUUAAAAAAAAUAAUGUAAUGGACAGUCAGAGACAUUAAACAAACAUUCAGUUCACAUUCCAGUUUAUUGCAGACAUGGACUACAAGCCAAAGUUAGAUGGAGUCUGCCUUUGUUUGCACGCACACGCACACACACACACACACACAAACACACACACAGCUCACAGGUAUGAGCUGAGGGGGAGGGACAGCAAGAUGUCAAUCAUGUUAUAAACUACAGUCUUUUUGUCUGUAAUGUAUUUUUCGUUAUGUGUCGGAGCCCAGUAAGACUAGCUGUCACCAUUGGUGUCAGCUAAUGGGGAUCCUAAUAAAAUCUCAUCACAAAUACAUCACAAAAACAGACUUAAGUGCUGGAAAAUAAGAAACUACACCCACCUACAUGUCAUAAACAUGUAAACAUGCCAUACAAACAUCAUAAUGGCCUAAAGAAGUACACUAUAGGGAAUAGGGUAGGGGUGUUUCAACACUUGGUCCCUUUCACCCAAUCUCUGUGAACUCUGUGCGGGUCGCUUAAUUUUUUGUGCAUGUGACCCCUCAAAAGAGCCCCCUAAGCGAACCGAACUGAGACCAUCUCGAGAGGUGGUCUGAGUUCGGUUCGCUUGAAUUCCGUUGUCUGGUUCUCUUUUUUAGGGCAACGGGAACACAAAGCUCCCCAGUUUAUCUUGUCAUUAUUCCCGCACCACACACUAGACUAGUGCAACACCGUUUCCCCUGCCAUAACCCUUCAAAUUGGUGCCACAAAUGAGAGAAGAUGAUCAUGUGCUGUUUUUUGGAUAUUGAUUAGCAAUUGUCAAGGAUGCACAUAAAUUCAAAAAUAUGUGUGGAGUUUUCAGUUCAGAUUGUUUGUUUUCAAUAUGUGAUCUAUCGGCUAAGAGAGCUUCAUAAGCUGUUUAUUUGAUUGUGGGGUUUGAAUAGUGUAAGAAGACAACAUAUUUUGUGAGAAUCACAACAUAUGGUACAAACUCAAUUCUAGCUCAAUUCUAUUCUAGGAGCAGGAGCCUAGAUAUGGUGUACAAUUUUCAAUUACAGCAUUAUUUAGUCUGCAGUUAUUCUUCUGCUAUUUAUUCUGUUACCAAUAAUAUUUACAUGUUAAUAGUAUCUUCAGAUUACAAUUAUUAUGUAUUUUAACUAAAUGCAAUCUAUUAACUUCCAAAAUGUAAGUAGGUAUCUAACUGUCCGAUAACACGUUCUGAUGGAAUGGCUUGUCCUGCACAUUGUACAAACCCAGUGUCACGGAUCCCCCCGGUACUGCUGCUCAUUCCAUUCACCAGUUCCGGAGGUCUACGUCACCGGCUUUCUAGGCGUCACUGACAUGGAUAAUUACCACCAACCCCGACUGUCUUGUCUCAUUAUGCACACCUGGUUCCCAUUCCCCCUGAUUAGUAUGUGUAUAUAUGUGCCCUCUGUUCCCCAUUGCCCUUGUCGAUUAUUGUUCCAUGUCCGUUGGUCUCGUGAGUACCGUGUAUUGUGCUCUGGUUGUUUACGAGUCUCGUCCAGUGUAUUGUGUAGAGGUUACACGUCGCUCUUUGUUUGGGUUACAUCCCUUUUGUAUAUAUAUACAUGUUUGUGUUGGGUGGAGUAAUAAAAACCCUAAUACGUAUUCCUGCGCCUGUCUUCUAAUCAUUAUACAACGUGACACCCAGAGUAAAUUGAGUGAAUUUUGGAAAAAGAUCUUGGUUCCUUUCUAAACAUAGCAAUGUGAUUGCAAAGAGGACUCGGACCACAAAAUAGGUGAAGUGAACUGGUAAAAGUUCAAAGGCAAGGGCAGUGUGAAUACAAAGAGAACUGAGUUAUUUUGCUUUUUUUACCCCAGAGUUCUCUUUAGAGAGGACUGAGAUCGGUUAUUUUAAAGAGGACUAUAUGUGAAAACACCCUAAGAUUUGCAACAUGUUUAUUACUCCAUUCAUAAAAUAACUUUCAUUUAUUUCCUUUCUCCAGAGCUGCCCAGACAACAUGGCAUAGUUGCUAUAGUGACGGAAGACACCAGGGGAAUCUGCUUUGAGACCACAAGACACAUGGCCAGCCUGGGGGCACACAUUAUCAUAGGUAGGCCUACAGUAACACACCAUACUGUACUCUAUAGGCCUACCAAUGUGAAUGUGUUAUACCUAACAUAGUUCAGGUGUGUUUGUGCAUGUGUAUCUCUCUCUCGCGCUCUUCUCUCUCUUUCUCGCUCUCUCGCUCUCUCUCUGUCUGAGUGUUUUUACUUAGGAGAUUAAAUACAUCAGUAUCCUCUCUUCCCUCCCCUCUUCUCUCUUCUCUCUCUCUAGCUGGACAGCAUGAGUGGGAGGGUGUGUCUGCUGUGAAGAGGAUUUGUGAGGAGAACAGAGAGGCCAAAGGUAACAUACACAGUCCACACAGCCCUGUUUGGUUUUGUGUCUCCUUGGCUCUGGAUAUUACUGAUUGGCUGGAGAGUGAACACACCUUUUCCCAGGUAGAAAUCAGUCCCUAGUUAAAAGACAGAUUGAACCUCUGCUCUAGUGCGUCACGUCAGUUAGAGGUAGAGAGGGCGUCAUUGAAGUAGAUUUCCAGGCUGGGACUGUUGUAGGAUCGAUUUCUGUUCGUUAAGACUAAGAGGCAGGCAUUAAGGGGUGUUGGGUAAUUGGGGGGGAGGGGGGGGGGGGGCGGCGGCAUCGUGACAGUGCUCUGAAUGACGGGGGUGAGUUGGAAGUGGGGGGAGGUGAGGAGCAUCUAGCUCUGUCCUCUGAAUGACAAUGUGCCGAUGAGGUGGUGGUAGGGAGGCGUGUAUGCAGUUGCAUGCGUGUGCGUUCGCGUGUGUGCUUGUGUCUGAGUGACAAUAUGACGGAAGGUUUAUUAGUAUGUGAGGCAAGAGCUUCUCACCAAAUGUCUUCUAGCUCCUGGUGUGUGUGUACGGAGGAGAGGAGUGGAGAUGGGUAAGCAGAGAGCAGAGGAGAAAGGAGAGGAGACAGAACAGUGUGUUAACCAGUGAUGUAAUGGAGGAUAAACCUAAGUAAACACACCACUGAAUAGUGAAGUGUUUAUCCACCUAAUAGCAUUUUUUGCAUUAGCGUUAAGCUCUGAGUUUCCCAUCUACUGGGCACUAUAUUAAAUGUAUUACUGCAAUAGCUAGACUAUUUGAUAGACAGUAGCAGUGGUGUAUUGGGUCAGAGUGGAGUAGCCCUGGUUACAUUAGCAAAAUGAAAAGCUUAUAGGUGUAAAAUGUGCUUAUCUCUCUGGCAUGGAGCACAGAUCCUUUGUUAUUAUUACAGGUAGAACAGGUGGAGUAGAAGAGAGGGAUGGAGGGGUGGAAAGAGGAGGAGGGAAGGAGUAGAGUGCACCCUAAAUACCCCAUUGUUGAGAGGAAAGUAGCAGAGCACAUGUUUUGCUAGAGCCAAUCAAAACACGCCACAUAUUCUCCUUGUUCAAAAUAUAUGUAACGCCCUGACUCAGGGGACGUAUAUUUGUUGAGUCAGGGUGUGUAUAUUCCGUGUUGUGUUGUUUCUAUGGUGUAGUAUCUAGUAUGUCUAUUUCUAUGUUGGCCGGUGUGGUUCCCAAUCAGAGGCAGCUGUCGCUCGUUGUCUCUGAUUGGGGACCAUACUUAGGCAGCCUAUUGGCACUAGUGGGUUGUGGGAUCUUGUUCCGUGUGAGGUAUGUUGUUUGUCUACCUUGGACCUCACGUUUCGUUUAAUUUGUUGUUUUGUCGUGGUGUUUAUUCAAUAUAAAUAAACAUGUAUGCAUAUCACACUGCGCCUUGGUCCGUCUCGUCUGUAAACGAACGUGACAGAAGAUCCCACCAAACGAGGACCAAGCAGCGUGUCCAGGAGCAGACAGCCUGGACCUGGGAGGAGAUCCUGGACUUGGGAGGAGAUUCAGGCCGGGAUGGAUCGCCGUCCUUGGGAGGAGACAGUGGAGGCGCGGUUAUAGAGAGGAGCAGCGGCAACGCGGAAGGCGCCGGCCGAGGAAGAAGCCCGAGAGACAGCCCCAAUAAAUUUUUUUUGGGGGGGCUAAAAGGGUGGUUGGCGGAGCCUAGAGGUAGAGCAGAGCCAACUCCCCGUACUCACGCGAGGAGGAGUGUGACUGGGCAGGCUCCGUGUUAUGCGGAGCUACGUACUGUGUUGCCAGUGUUCCGGUGCUAGCACCACGCAUGUGUCGUGUGAAGAUGGGCAUUCAGCCAGGACGGGGUGUACCGGCUCAACGCUCCUGGUCUCCAGUACGCCUCCUCGGUCCCGCAUAUCCUGCGCCUGUUCUACGAGCUGUAUCGCCAGUGCGCGUGCACAGCCCAGUGCAUCUUGUGCCAGCGCCCUGCAUGUGUAGUGCGAAAGUGGGCAGCCAGCCAGGGCGGGUUGUGCCAGCUCUCCGCUCCAGACCUCCAGUCCGCCUUUGCAGUCCGGUCCGGCCCGUUCCUGCUCCUCGCACCAAACCAGUGGUGCGUGUUCCCAGCCCGGCCCGGCCUGUUCCUGCCCCUCGCACCAAGCCAGUGGUGCGCGUCGCCAGCCCGGCCCGGCCUGUUCCUGCCCCUCGCACCAAGCCAGUGGUGCGCGUCGCCAGUCCGGUAUGGCCCGUUCCUGCUCCCUGCACCAAGCCAGUGGUGCACGUCGUCAGCCCGGUCCGGCCCGUUCCUGCUCCCCGCACCAAGCCAGUGGUGCGUGUGUCCAGUCCGGCACGGCCCGAGCCUGUUCCACCGGUGCCUGGUCCGGCACCGGUCAGCUGCUCCACUCCGGAGCCAGAGCAGUCCGCUCCACCGGUGCCUAGUUCAGCUCCGGUCAGCUGCUCCACUCCGGAGCCAGAGCAAUCCGCUCCACCGGGGUCCAGUCCAGCUCCGGUCAGCGGAUCCACUCCGGAGCCAGAGCAGUCCGCUCCACCGGUGCCCAGUUCAGCUCCGGUAAGCUGCUCCACUCCGGAGCCAGAGCAAUCCGCUCCACCGGGGUCCAGUCCAGCUCCGGUCAGCGGCUCCACUCCGGAGCCAGAGCAGUCCGCUCCACCGGUGCCUGAUCCAGCUCCGGUCAGCGGCUCCACUCCGGAGCCAGAGCAGUUCGCUCCACCAUCGUCGGGUCCAGCUCCAGUCAGCGGUUCCAGUCCAGACCCAGACGUCAGCCUCUCUCCAGGUUCGGGGUCUCCCACACCAGGGUCCAGACAGGGCUUGGUACUUCGUGGGAGGAAGGAGAGGGGAAGCAGCGCGCCGAGGUCCAGACCUGACCAGGGGUGCAACAGGGAGGCGGAGAAUAGGUGUUGGUCACACCCGGAGCCGGAUCCGCCUCCGAGGCGGAAUGCCCACCCGGCCCCUACCCUGUUAUGUUUAUGUGGCGCGGUCGGAGUCCGCACCUUUGGGGGGGGGUACUGUCACGCCCUGACUCAGGGGACGUUUAUUUGUUGAGUCAGGGUGUGUAUAUUCCGUGUUGUGUUGUUUCUAUGGUGUAGUAUCUAGUAUGUCUAUUUCUAUGUUGGCCGGUGUGGUUCCCAAUCAGAGGCAGCUGUCGCUCGUUGUCUCUGAUUGGGGACAAUACUUAGGCAGCCUAUUGGCACUAGUGGGUUGUGGGAUCUUGUUCCGUGUGAGGUAUGUUGUUUGUCUACCUUGGACUUCACAUUUCGUUUCAUUUGUUGUUUUGUCGUGGUGUUUAUUCAAUAUAAAUAAACAUGUAUGCAUAUCACGCUGCGCCUUGGUCCGUCUCGUCUGUAAACGAACGUGACAAUAUAGAACUGGCACGGCCAGUUUACAGCACCAUCUGCAUAUGCUCAGACAGACAGGAUGACAGGUACAGGCAGACAGAGGUACAGGCAGACAGAGGUACAGACAGACAGACGCAAAGCUAGCUAUAAACACACAGGGUUAGGGCUGGAAUUUUUAUUUAUUUUUAUUAUUCAACACACACUUACUUUUUACACACAGCCAGAGGCAUUUAGGGCUUUCACACUGUACAUUUUGGUUUCACCCUGGUUUAACUAAUGCUAGCCUUCAGACACGUUUAACGAGGGGUUGGAACUGAAAUUAUUUUCCAAUCGUUCCGUUCCGAGCAGAACCCCUAUUUAUUUUGUUCCACUCCACUGUUCCAACCAGCAUAAUAAAGGUCUGAACCAGUUCGGACCAAAAAAAAGGAGCUGUUCAUAUACUUCCUUUUCGUUACUUUUUUACCACGUGAAAUCAUCAACAUUUACAUUUAGAUCAUUCAUUUAUUUCAGCAAUUAGCAUGGAUAGAUCAGCUUGCUAUGGACCGGGUAAGGUAGUCGUUUACACGUUUGGUUUUAUGGACAGAUGAGUGCAGGCGCAAGAUGCAACUGACAGUUUUUGGGGUGGAGAGAGAGCAAGAGAAAGGGGUGGACAUGGAGGGGGCUUGGCUUGAAGAGCUGAGCAUCAUGAUAUGUGACUUGAUAUGUGUAUAGGCUACUAUAACUAUAUUAUAUACGAGACAUUAGGAAUAUUUUUGGAACAAAAAAAUUAACAUUAUUAACUAGUUCUCAAGAUUUGAAAAGAACGGUUCUGUUCCGGAACACUAGAGAUCACUUUUGUUCACGGUUCUGUUUCUGUUCAUCAAAUAAUUUCCUUAUUUUUCUGUUCUGUUCCAUGAACCGGUUCCAACCCCUGCUUUUAACCCAGCAUAAGUUUAGCCCUGGGUUAAAAUAAAUCCAGUGUGAAAAGCCCUUUUUCAGUCUGAAACACACAUACACACACACACACACACACACACACACAGACAGAGCUGAGGUCCUACAGCAUGUCCUGCUGGUGCUGCUGCACUAUACUUACUGUACGAGAUAUUAGGAGGAGGUAUUGGUAUCUUGUAAUGUGUAUGAAGAUAGCAGCAGUAUGUGUCCUUUCCUUUUCUAUUAGAGCAGAGCCCAGUGUAGGAGAUUAAUACAUUUAGGCUGCUUUGAUGUUCCACUACAGACACAGCUAGCAGACAUAAUCAUUUUACAAGAGGGCUGAUGAUGCUGUGUGUGUGUGUGUGUGUGUGUGUGUGUGUGUGUGUGUGCGUACAUGCGCCCUUACAAAAACCAUGAAAAAAUAAUGUUAUGAAAAAAACACAAACAUUAUCACAAGUCAGACACGUGGUUAUCAGACACGUGUGAAGUUUCACAUGUAAAUUUUUCAUGUGUUUUUCGCUCACAACCCUGCCUAGCUUCAGAUGCAAACCAUCAAUGGGAUGCAGGGUGUUAUAUUGCUGGAAUUAAUGUGCCAAAACUUGCAACUUGUAAAAAGGCAGAGAAAUUAAAGGCCAGGGUAACAUAACCAAAGAUUGGGAAAAUUGCAGGAAAGAGCUGUUUUAUAUAAUUGCGUUAUAAUUUUAAAAAAAUGUUAGGCAACCAUUAACAAUUCAUUGGCUCUCACAUUUUAAAAUGAUUUCCUUGCAAUAUUUUGUUUUGUUAUCAAUACUUUUGGGUUUAUGUUUUGCUUUCAAUAUCAUUCUUUUUGUUUGCAUUACUAAGAAUGUUGUUCUCGACUUCAGUUGUUUUGCUUGAUAUUAAUGGCACAAAAGUAACUCACACACUAGAGGAUUGCACCAUAUAAUAACACUAUUACUCUAUUAAAGGUGUUUAAAGCAGCAAUCCUUAAUUGAAACAGUAACAAAGUGUUAUCCCCGCCACAGUUCUGUAAAAAGCUGAGGGAUGAGGCUGUAGAAAUGCAACCACUCUCAAAUCUAUAGACCACGCUAUGGAUGCAAGGACUGACCAUCCAUGAUAUCAAAAUUAUAGUUUUAAUCAUGUUUUUAGGCUAUACAGUGUUUUAUUUUUACAUUUACUUUCUUUACAAACAUUGGAGUAAAUGUGUAUUUUCUUACAUAUGACACUGCAAAUGUGAUUUUCACAUGUGGAAUUGCAAGUUCACAUGUGAAAAACAAUCACAUGUAAAAAUCUAAUUUGCAGUGUCAUAUGUGAAAAACUUUUACAUGUGGAAAUCUCACUUUCACAAUCACGUGAAAGUUUUUCACAUAUGAACCUGCAAAUUAGAUUUGAUCACGUGAUUGAUUUUCAUAUGUGAACUUACAAUUCCACAUGUGAAAGUGAGAUUUUCCCAUGUGAACGUUUUUCAUAUGUGAAACUGCAAUUCACAUGUGAGGUUAAAACAUGUUAUUCUCCUCACAUGUGAAAUGGUGGUGUUAACGUGUGAACUCAAAAUGUAAUACAUGUGAAAAAUGAUUUCACAUGUGAAAUUUAAGCUCGACAUGUGAACAGCUAUUUGAACAGCUAUUUGACAUCCUUUUGUAAGGGUGAGUGUGGGCGCAUGUUUAUGUGUGUGCUCAGAUGAUCUGCCAAAAGGAUGAUCUAUUCGUGUGUAUAUGUAUAGACAGUGCUAUGAAAAAGUAUUUGCCCCCUUUCUAAUUUUCUCUACUUUUGCAUAUUUGUGAUACUGAAUGUUAUCAGAUCUUCAACCAAAACCUAAUAUUAGAUAAAGGGAACAUAAGUGAACAAAUAACACAACAAUUACAUAUUUAUUUCAUAAACAAAGUUAUGCAACACCCAAUUCCCCUGUGUGAAAAGGUAAUUGCCCCCUUACACUCAAUAACUGGUUGUGCCACCUUUAGCUGCAAUGACUCCAACCAAAUGCUUCCUGUAGUUGUUGAUCAGUCUCUCACGUCGCUGUGGAGGAAUUUUGGCCCACUCUUCUAUGCAGAACUGCAUUAACUCAGUGACGUGUGGGUUUUCAAGCAUGAAUUGCUAGUUUCAAGUCCUGCCACAUCUCAAUUGGGAUUAGGUCUGGACUUUGACUAGGCCAUUCCAAAACUUCCAAUUUGUUGCUUUUUAGCAAUUUUCAUGUAGACUUGAUUGUGUGUUUUGGAUCAGUGUCUUGCUGCAUGACCCAGCUGCGCUUCAGCUUCAGCUCACAGACGGAUGGUCUGACAUUCUCCUGUAGAAUUCUCUGAUACAGAGCAGAAUUCAUGGUUCCUUCUAUUAAGGCAAGUCGUCCAGGUCCUGAGGCAGCAAAGCAUCCCCAAACCAUCACACCACCACCACCAUGCUUGACCUUUAGCUAACUAAACAAUAGCAAUAGCGAACAGACGCGAACUGGCUGAGUCGAUUCAGUGGCUAGCUUUGCACUUGGCUGGCUAACAGUAGCUGCUAGGGGUAAAUUAUAACCUACAGUUGUGUUUUGUUUUUACUUACUGUUAACCAGAGUCGUUCAAGGGAAUUCGGGACAUGGGUGACUAGUUAACGUUAGCUUGGCUCUCUCUGUGUGUUCGUGCCGUGGGAGGAUUAUUAUAAUAAAAAUAAAAAUUGCAGAGAGCAAUUGCUAGCUAGUAUGCUAACUAUUCUAGCUAACUAACUGGCUGAAUAAGUUGACGACGGACUCGCUCAAGCUGUCGGGACUAACCCAGAACUUUACACAACGUUAGACACGGACACGAAUGAUCUGCUUGGCGUGUUGACACACCGGUGGUUUGUUGUGGCCGAGUAUUGGUGCUAAAUCGUGUUGUUGGAGGCUGGCAUGCUAAUUGGCUGUGGCGUCAUAGGAUUCGGUGCCCUGGACGGUUUUCACGGAAGAAUACUGUACCAAGUUAGCUAGCUGAAUAAACUAAGUUAGUAUAUUCCUAGAAAACAUUGAACCGCUGUAGUUUACAACAAUUAUAGUUUCUGAGGUGGAAGUUGGGAGAGUUAUAUUUGGGUGUUUCAGUGAAACGUAAGUGAGGGAGGCCCCGCUCUCUCGCUUUCCCAGAUGUUUAGUUCAUUUCAUUCCGAUCUCCUUUGCAUUAUUGUAGCCAUUUUCUGUAGCCUGUCAACUAUGUGUCUGUCUAUCCCUGUUCUCUCCUCUCCGCACAGGCUAUACAAACGCCUCACACCGCGUGGCUGCUGCCACUCUAACCUGGUGGUCCCUGCACGCACGACCCACGUGGAGUUCCAGGUCUCCGGCAGCCUCUGGAAUUGCCGUUCUGCGGCCAACAAGGCAGAGUUCAUCUCAGCCUAUGCUACCCUCCAGUCCCUCGACUUCUUGGCGCUGACGGAAACAUGGAUUACCACAGAAAACACUGCUACUCCUACUGCUCUCUCCUCGUUUGCCAAAAAGCACAUGGACAGAUGAUUCAAAAGUAUAACUUUUUGGACGACAUGGUUCCAGUAAUGCCUGGCGAAAACCAAACACUGCAUUCCUACAGUAAGAACAUCAUACCAAAGGUCAAGCAUGGUGGUGGUGGUGUGAUGGUUUGGGGAUGCUUUGCUGCCUCAGGACCUGGACGACUUGCCUUAAUAGAAGGAACCAUGAAUUCUGCUCUGCUACUUUUUCAUAGCACUGUACUCUUGAAUAUACUGUUAAAAAUGAGAUGGUGCAUCUCAAGAGAUUUCAUCCUGCAACAUUUCUAAUAAAUAAAUAAACGUGUAUGUACUGUGCAGUGUAUUUAAGUGACUGCCGUGUGUGUUUUGUGUCCUCAGUGGAGUUUGAGCAGUUGGAUCUGGUGUCUUUGCAGUCGGUCAGGCAAUUCAUCCAGACCUUCAAGAGGCGGGGCCUACUGCUGCACAUCCUAGUCAACAAUGGUGAAUGACACUCACAUUCACACACACACACACACACAUAAAAACACACAUAAACACAACACACCUCUCCUUAUAUCUCCCCACUCCCACUUUUCUCAACAUCUUUCUCUCCCGUUGCUUUCUCUCUUUAGACAUUGUUAUUCGUCCCAUGCUGCAUACUGCCAGAGUAAGCUGGCACUGCUGUUAUUUUCGUCCCACCUGCAACAGAGGCUGAAUAGAAGAGGGUUCCCAGUGAGCUCAUGUUCAGUGGACCCUGGUAUGGUCGGCACGUCGCUAUAGUGAAAUCACUAUAGGCAGUUGCCUCAGUAAAUGACCUUUGGGAAGCCUCUGCCCUGCAACUACAAAUGCAAAAUUAAUCACAACCUCCUCAACGCUAUCACAUUGACACACACACACACACACACACACACACACACUGUUUACCAGUCUGCACUCAGUCUCAUGUAGAAAUAGGUUAAAAAGUCACGUUGUUGUAGAAAAACUGUAGGCUUUUGGUGUGAGUCUGCAUACAGUGCCUUGCAAAAGUAUUCAUCCCCCUUGGCAUUUUUCCUAUUUUGUUGCAUUACAACCUGUCAUUUUAAUGGAUUUUUAUUUGGAUUUCAUGUAAUGGACAUACACAAAAUAGUCAAAAUUGGUGAAGUGAAAUGAAAAAAAUUACUUGUUUAAAAUAAUUAUAAAAGUGCUGCAUGCAUAUGUAUUCACCCCCUUUGCUAUGAAGCCAUAAAUAAGAUCUGGUGAAACCAAUUACCUUCAGAAGUCACAUAAUUAGUUAAAUAAAGUCCACCUGUGUGCAAUCUAAGUGUUACAUGAUCUGUCACAUGAUCUCAGUAUUUAUACACCUGUUCCGAAAGGCCCCAGAGUCUGCAACACCACUAAGCAAGGGGCACCACCAAGCAAGUGGCACCAUGAAGACCAAGGAGCUCACCAAACAGGUCAGGGACAAAGUUGUGGAGAAGUAAAGAUCAGGGUUGGGUUAUAAAAAAAAUCUGAAAAUUUGAACAUCCCACGGAGCACCAUUAAAUCCAUUAUUAAAAAAUUGAAAGAAUAUGGCACCACAACAAACCUGCCAAGAGAGGGCCGCCCACCAAAACUCAUGGACUAGGAAAGGAGGGCAUUAAUCAGAGGCAACAAAGAGACCAAAGAUAACCCUGAAGGAGCUGCAAAGCUCCACAGCGGAGAUUGGAGUAUCUGUCCAUAGGACCACUAAGCCGUACACUCCACAGAGCUGGGCUUUAUGGAAGAGUGGCCAGAAAAAAGCCAUUGCUUAAAGAAAAAAUGAGCAAACACGUUUGGUGUUCGCCAAAAGCCAUGUGGGAGACUCCCCAAACAUACAGUGGGGAAAAAAAGUAUUUAGUCAGCCACCAAUUGUGCAAGUUCUCCCACUUAAAAAGAUGAGAGAGGCCUGUAAUGUUCAUCAUAGGUACACGUCAACAGACAUAAUGAGAAAAAAAAAUCCAGAAAAUCACAUUGUAGGAUUUUUUAUUAAUUUAUUUGCAAAUUAUGGUGGAAAAUAAGUAUUUGGUCAAUAACAAAAGUUUCUCAAUACUUUGUUAUAUACCCUUUGUUGGCAAUGACACAGGUCAAACGUUUUCUGUAAGUCUUCAAAAGUUUUUCACACACUGUUGCUGGUAUUUUGGCCCAUUCCUCCAUGCAGAUCUCCUCUAGAGCAGUGAUGUUUUGGGGCUGUCGCUGGGCAACACAGACUUUCAACUCCCUCCAAAGAUUUUCUAUGGGGUUGAGAUCUGGAGACUGGCUAGGCCACUCCAGGACCUUGAAAUGCUUCUUACGAAGCCACUCCUUCGUUGCCCGGGCGGUGUGUUUGGGAUCAUUGUCAUGCUGAAAGACCCAGCCACGUUUCAUCUUCAAUGCCCUUGCUGAUGGAAGGAGGUUUUCACUCAAAAUCUCACGAUACAUGGCCCCAUUCAUUAUUUCCUUUACACGGAUCAGUCGUCCUGGUCCCUUUGCAGAAAAACAGCCCCAAAGCAUGAUGUUUCCACCCCCAUGCUUCACAGUAGGUAUGGUGUUCUUUGGAUGCAACUCAGCAUUCUUUGUCCUCCAAACACGACGAGUUGAGUUUUUACCAAAAAGUUCUAUUUUGGUUUCAUCUGACCAUAUGACAUUCUCCCAAUCCUCUUCUGGAUCAUCCAAAUGCACUCUAGCAAACUUCAGACGGGCCUGGACAUGUACUGGCUUAAGCAGGGGGACACGUCUGGCACUGCAGGAUUUGAGUCCCUGGCGGCGUAGUGUGUUACUGAUGGUAGGCUUUGUUACUUUGGUCCCAGCUCUCUGCAGGUCAUUCACUAGGUCCCCCCGUGUGGUUCUGGGAUUUUUGCUCACCGUUCUUGUGAUCAUUUUGACCCCACGGGGUGAGAUCUUGCGUGGAGCCCCAGAUCGAGGGAGAUUAUCAGUGGUCUUGUAUGUCUUCCAUUUCCUAAUAAUUGCUCCCACAGUUGAUUUCUUCAAACCAAGCUGCUUACCUAUUGCAGAUUCAGUCUUCCCAGCCUGGUGCAGGUCUACAAUUUUGUUUCUGGUGUCCUUUGACAGCUCUUUGGUCUUGGCCAUAGUGGAGUUUGGAGUGUGACUGUUUGAGGUUGUGGACAGGUGUCUUUUAUACUGAUAACAAGUUCAAACAUGUGCCAUUAAUACAGGUAACGAGUGGAGGACAGAGGAGCCUCUUAAAGAAGAAGUUACACGUCUGUGAGAGUCAGAAAUCUUGCUUGUUUGUAGGUGACCAAAUACUUAUUUUCCACCAUAAUUUGCAAAUAAAUUCAUUAAAAAUCCUACAAUGUGAUUUUCUGGAGAAAAACAUUCUCAAUUUGUCUGUCAUAGUUGACGUGUACCUAUGAUGAAAAUUACAGGCCUCUCUCAUCUUUUUAAGUGGGAGAACUUGCACAAUUGGUGGCUGACUAAAUACUUUUUUUCCCCACUGUAUGGAAGAAGGUACUCUGGUCAGAUGAGACUAAAAUUGAGCUUUUUGGCCAUCAAGGAAAACGCCAUGUCUGGCGCAAACCCAACACCUCUCAUCACCCCGAGAACACCAUGUUUUUCAUCAGCAGGGACUGGGAAACUGGUCAGAAUUGAAGAAAUUAUGGAUGGCGCUAAAUACAGGGAAAUUCUUGAGGGAAACCUGUUUCAGUCUUCCAGAGAUUUGAGACUGGGACAGAGGUUCCCCUUCCAGCAGGACAAUGACCCUAAGCAUAGCGCUAAAGCAACACUUGAGUGGUUUAAGGGGAAACAUUUAAAUGUUUUGGAAUGACCUAGUCAAAGCCCAGACCUCAAUCCAAUUGAGAAUCUGUGGUUUGACUUAAAGAUUGCUGUACACCAGCGGAACCCAUCCAACUUGAAGGAGCUGGAGUAGUUUUGCCUUGAAGAAUGGGCAAAAAUCCCAGUGGCUAGAUAUGCCAAGCUUAUAGAGACAUACCCCAAGAGACUUGUAGCUGUAAUUGCUGCAAUAGGCAAUAGGGGGGGGGGGGGGGGGGGGGGGGGGGGUGAAUAGUUAUGCACGCUCAAGUUUUCAGUUUUUUGGUCUUAUUUCUUGUUUGUUUCACAAGAAAAAAUAUUUUGCAUCUUCAAAGUGGUAGGCAUGUUGUGUAAAUCAAAUGAUACAAACCCCCAAAAAAUCCAUUUUAUUUACAGGUUGUAAGACAACAAAAUAGGAAAAAAUGCCAAGGGGGGUGAAUACUUUCGCAAGCCACUGUAUCUAGCUGUAUAUUUAUGCCAGUGAAGCUCUGCUGGUUGUGUGUGUUUGUAUAACAGCCUCUCUGUGUGUAACAUUCGAACAGUGUUUUUUUUGUAUCCCCAGAGCCUGUCCCAGGGAGCGUCCAUGGUCCUCUACACUGCUCUGUCUCCAUCUCUGGAGUGGGGGAGAGGAGGCUACUGGAGCAAUGGACGCACAGAUAUGACCUCAACAAAGACCUACAACCCCCAGCUCCAGCUCGGCCUCUGGGACUGCAGCUGUAGA